AAACAACUACCUGACCUGAGCUGCUUGAAGAAAUCUGCAAAGUAGAACUAAUCAUUAACCACAUACUGCAAGACAGUAGGUUCUAAAAGACCUGCCUUGCUGACUUCUCUUGGAGGUAAUCGACCACGUGGGUAUGCGGGGGAGAUGCAUUAGGAACCUGAAUAUGGUGCCAAAAGACCUCCAUACAUUUCUAUGACUCUGUUGUAACCUGACUCAGUGAUACUUUUGGAUAUAUAUAUGUAUAUAUAAUAUUUCUAUGCUAAGGAGAAGAGUGCAUACUCCCAGUUCAGUUCUGCCAGUCCACUGGCAGAGAUUUUUUUCAUUGUAAGAUCAUGGACCAUUCUAACCGGGAGAAGGAUGAAAGGCAGCGGACAACAAAAGGAAUGGCAGGGCGGAGUGGACAUAGUUCUCGACCAUCAAGUUCCACUACAUCCUCUGGUGUACUUAUGGUGGGACCCAACUUCAGAGUGGGCAAGAAGAUAGGGUGUGGCAACUUUGGAGAGCUACGACUAGGAAAAAAUCUCUAUACCAAUGAAUAUGUAGCGAUCAAACUGGAACCCAUAAAAUCCCGUGCCCCACAGCUCCAUUUAGAGUACAGGUUUUAUAAACAACUUGGCAGUGCAGCUGAAGGUCUUCCCCAGGUGUACUACUUUGGACCAUGUGGAAAGUACAAUGCCAUGGUACUAGAACUGCUUGGUCCCAGUUUGGAAGACUUAUUUGACCUCUGUGACAGAACUUUCACUUUGAAGACGGUAUUAAUGAUAGCCAUCCAGCUGAUCUCUCGAAUGGAAUAUGUGCAUUCAAAGAACCUCAUUUACCGAGAUGUCAAGCCAGAAAACUUCCUUAUUGGCCGGCAAGGCAAUAAGAAAGAACAUGUCAUUCACAUCAUAGACUUUGGAUUGGCGAAGGAGUACAUUGAUCCUGAAACCAAAAAACACAUACCUUACAGGGAACACAAGAGCCUAACUGGAACCGCAAGAUACAUGUCCAUCAAUACACAUCUUGGCAAAGAACAGAGUCGGCGUGAUGACUUGGAAGCUCUUGGCCAUAUGUUCAUGUAUUUCCUUCGCGGCAGUCUGCCCUGGCAAGGACUGAAGGCUGACACUUUAAAAGAGAGGUAUCAGAAGAUUGGGGACACAAAGAGAAACACGCCAGUUGAAGUUCUCUGUGAGAACUUUCCAGAGGAGAUGGCUACAUACCUUCGUUAUGUCAGGCGAUUAGACUUCUUUGAAAGACCGGACUACGAUUAUUUACGAAACAUCUUCACAGACCUAUUUGAAAAGAAAGGCUACACAUUUGAUUAUGCCUAUGACUGGGUUGGCAGGCCAAUUCCUACUCCAGUGGGGUCUGUUCAUGUAGAUUCUGGAGCAUCUGCAAUAACCCGAGACAGCCAUGUACAUAGGGAUCGACCAUCGCAGCAGCAGGCUCUUCGAAAUCAGACUGCAUCAUCAGAUCGCCGAGGAGAGUGGGAGAUUCAGCCAAGCCGGCAGACAAAUACCUCGUACCUGACAUCUCACUUGGCUGCGGAUCGGCAUGGAGGAUCCGUUCAGGUGGUCAGCUCGACCAAUGGGGAACUGAAUGUUGAUGACCCAACAGGGGCACAUUCCAAUGCUCCAAUCACAGCACAGGCUGAGGUGGAAGUGGUGGAGGAAGCUAAGUGCUGCUGCUUCUUCAAGAGGAAAAGGAAGAAGACAGCCCAGCGACACAAGUGACCAGUGCCUCUUGGGGCCUUGCAGGAACUUGAUCUGCACCUGCAGCUCCUGCCAUGUCUUACUGAAAGGGGCUUCUCUCUAGGGGUGAGGAGGCAGCCGAGGAAGAGAAAUGUGACGUUUUAAACCAAAAAGAGAAGAAGAAAACGUUCCAAAACAAACCAAUCGGGGUGGAUCUGCUGAAUGGUCUCCCCAUUCACUCCAAGCCUGAGGCUUUUCUGGUGAUCAGGACUGCAGCUGGCUCAGGCCUUGGUUUGCCCUGUGGGAAGGUGGGCUGGCUGGCUGACCCUCCUCCCCACUGUUUACCGCAGAAAGCAUCAUUCACACCAACCUGAGGACUAUGCUUUGUUUCCUGCUCACUUUACUCCCCUUCCUAUGCUCUCUGCUCCUCCAUUCUCCUCCCUCCCCAAUAAAAAUACUCCAGAAGGCUUAAUUGGCUACGGAGAAGGUGAGAGAAUGCCAUCUGGGCAGGGGAGAGAGGUGUGGGCAAAGGGCCUGGCUGGGACAGGGGAAAAUUUUCACCCCCUCCUUCCUCUAAAGUCCCUUUCAGUGUCAGCCUCUACUGCCAGCCUCGCCAGGUACAGCAGUGGGACACUAGUUCCCUUGUAGGUUCCUUGGGAACAGUUACUGUAGCACGCAAGCUGUGAGAAAUUUGCUAUCUACUGUUCCAGUCUUAUUUUUUUUUUCUGGCUUCUGUGACACCUCCCUUGUCCAAACGGUAAACAGAGCAAUGUGGAUUGUUUUACAGAAACUGACAUUGUUGCACUUUUUAUUAUUUUUUUUAGUGUUACAGAUGCAUAUUGUGUCUGUAGAUUUUUUUUUGCAUGGAUGACUGAUGCCAGCACAGACAGACAUUUAGCUGGGAAUAUGGUGGGGUGCAAAGAAUGCCCUCAACUUAUGGUUUGCUCACAUCAAAACAAACCAACCCUAGUGCCGGUCUGGGGUUCCCAACACCCCCAACCUUGAGGGAAGCAUACUUGAAUUUUCAAUCAUCCAUUUUAGCUGCCAGUGAAUGGUCCCUAUCAUGGUUUCCUACACAGUGCCUAACCUGACCAGCUUGGAGCUGAAAGGCACUAGCUUGGUAUUGACAGGACGGAGAGGCAUCCCAUUUGCUGAGCUUGGAGGAGUUUGCUUUGGAUAGAGAAGCAGAUAUGGAUUCAGGAAACCAGAAACCUGAUGUUUCCCAAACUGCAAACCUGUGGCUGGGUGGCCGUGUAGCCUUCUUGGAUGGUUCCUGGGAGGGUGAUUUUUUUUUUUUGAUAUUAUUUUUUUUGGUAAGCACCUUCAAUGAUGAAAUCUUAACAAGAACAAAGCUGCCCUAGCAGGGAGGGAGCAGACACUUCACUGCCUUACAAUGACUUUUCUCCUAGUGAUAAAACAGGUUCCUUGAAUUGGACCUUGUGCAGGCUUUGCAUCUGCUCUGCAGCUUGCCUAGGUCUGGGAACACCAGCUCAGUCCUGUCUGCUGGGCCUGGAGCGCACACACCAUGUGUUCCUCCCUGGAGGGGGGGCCAAAGUUUUAAUGUACAGCUUUUGAGCCAAGCUAAUACUUGGCCAAGGGCUUGGGGCACUCUGCACAAGUGUGGGGAAAAAAGGAGAAAAAAAAAUCUUGCACCUCAGUGCAGGGAUUGUUGAAGUCAGAGGAGGCUGCAUUACCCCUGGGGACAGUGUACUGGGUGUUGCAUGUGGCCAGGUUUGCAGGAGCUAAACGAGCUUUUUUUUCCUUUUUUUUUUGUGUGUAGGCUGUGAAUUGCUUUGCCUGUGUGCAUUCUCUGUCCUGAUGGGAUUGGACCACUCGCUUUAGAGGCUUAGUUUUCCAUGUAAUUGGGGCAUCCCCACCCCAGUGCCUGAAUUCUCUGCAGAGGAUGAAGGGCGGGAAGGCAGAAUCCAAACCCGACAUCCUGUCUCUUCUAAAUUGCAAUCCAGUUGCCUUUCCAUGUCCUUACCAGCACUUGCUGAAAGGGGGGUGGCAGGAGUGUAGCCUGGCUCCCUGGCCUGGGAAGGAGAGGGAGGAAUCAUUGUUAACAGGGGAAAUCUCUGGAAGAUGAUCUCUCUUCCUUCCAGCAGGUGAACUUUGUUAUCCAUGGUGGGGGCUGUAGUGUGGAAAGACACCUCUUUUCCUAGUGAGGAUUCAGGUCUCUGAGAAUCCCUUAGGGGAUUUCUUAGCUGUUAGCCAUUUUCUGCAGAAGUAUCUUAAUGCCUUAUUCUAAUGGAAAGAAGGCAGCUAUAGCGGAGUGCUUGGCUGUGCUUUCUCCUCUCCCCUGCCAGGGUGGAAGCUGAGCUGCAGGCUGGCUUGCUCUUUAUUUGCUAACCCGCCAAGAGAUGUUUAUAAAACUUUUUAAUUCUGCAAACUUUUUUCUUUUCAGUGUAAUGGGGGAUGGAGAAAGGACUGUCCAUCUCCUUCAGGUGUGAAUGCAUGAAUGACCUGAGCUCUUUUCUUUCUCCCAGAAGAGAAGGAGCAAUUUAACCACUCAGUUUUGCUGUUUGUUCCUUCUCUUUACUCCUGCCUCCCUUCCCCCCCUCCUGAACUCUUCCUCAGCUACUGGCUUCCCAAAAGCCAGUCCGUCUGAAAUUAGCUUAUUUCCUCAUACCCUUGCUGUAGGAAACCAUGGUUUGGCAUCUUGGGAAGAAGGAGGAGCAGGGAUUUGUGGGGAGGACAUGGUUGUGUACUCCCAGCUCUGAAAAAAAUUGUGCUGGGCUCUGAGACACUUGCAUUACUGCCCUCCCAAACCCCACUAAGUGCCUGUCACCAAAACUCAAUUCCUUCUGCAUUUUCCUGCCAUUGUGAGUCAUUCCUAGUUGCUUCCAAUCAGGGAGUAGCUUGUCGUUUGCAAGUGUACAUGUGUGCGUGUAUGUAUGGGGGAGUUGUCGCUACAUUUGUUUUUUCUUCUUAAACAUUUUUAAGUGAAUGUAUUUGGUUAGAAACUUUCCUGACUGUUUUUUAAGUGGGUCAGUUUGAAAGUCAUUUCAUAUUGACCUUGCUACUGCUUAGUUCUGGGGAUUUAAUAUCCUUUUAAUCCUAGGAUACUGUGUAUGUGAGGAAGGAAACCUUUCCCCAAGGCAUUCUGGUAAUGCUCACUUAUACCUUGCUCUCUUGCACUAUGGUCAAACAUUGGACUUUUUAAAAGGGCAAAGGAUAUUUAAAAAAAAAAAAAAAAAAAGCGGGUAAUCAGUAGUCCUAUUCUAAGGAAACUACUAAACCCAGGAAGUUCCAGGGCUGACUGAUAUGAGCCAGAUCAAACAGGCCCAUCAUAUGGUAGGAAUUAGAGCAUUAAACCCCACCUAUAUCCCCCUGCCUCUCCCCUUUCCUCUGUGAGCUAAUGUAUUACUUGGUAUAUACCUGUAUUCUUCUGAGAGAGUGAGGGGGAGGAUCUCUGAUCACAGCUGGCUAAUGGAGCUGCUUAGUGGGAAUGUCAGCUUAGGUGUCCAGUGCUUCCUUUGCAUGGUCUGAAACCACAGCUGGGGUUUCCAGAUACAGCUCCCUUAUAGCUGGGAUCCAUCCAUGUUGCAUUGCAGCCUCCUGAGGUAUCAAGUGAGGUUUUCAAUAAAAUAUUGCACUGCUGUAUUGUAUUCCAUGUAUAGAUGUAUUUAUUACCCCUUCCUGAGAACACUCACUCAUUUACAAAAGUGCUUUCCUUGCUUCAGGCAGGCUCCCUUGGUCACUCUUCAAUCCUGUGUUGAAGCUCUGAACACCUCUUUAAAGGGGCAGUUUUAACACAGGAGCUUUCUAAAUGCUUUUUCUGUGCUUUAAAGCCAUGAACACUCCAGCCAUAUCACGCUUUGAUAUGGAAUGCUGAAACUAGCCCUCUUCUCCCUGUCUUCCCUAGUUUAAUUUCAUACAUCCCUGGUGAUGGAGAGCAGGCUUCACUCACUGUUUGUUAUGUUAAGAUUCACUGCUGAUACCCAAGAGAAUAUGAACUAACCAUAAACAGGCUAACCACAAAGAGUGUAAUCCAUGGGCCUUGCAGAAAAGCAUCUGUACCUACCUUCUUCAUGGCAAAGCAUCAACUGUCUUCCCUAAAUUGUAAGAGCACUACGUUCUCUGGGCCAAUACACUACAAAAGGGCUGUGCAACUUUGACAGUUGAGAAUCCAGCAACUGCAGGUCCUCUUGCUCUAGCUGAGCUCUGGGUGCCCUCCAGCUUUAUCAGACUCUAUGAUCACAGCAGGUGCAACAUUGUGAAACCCCAGCCCAGGGUGCGCUUGUGCCUGCUGGCUGAGCACGUGCUUCCUCAGGAAGUUUGUCCCAUAACAUAGCUCUGUUGCACAUGAAGCGGGGAAAAGGGGAUGUGCAGCUACUUGGCCGAACACUCUGCAUUCUCCAGUCAUUGAAAUGAAUUGGCUAAUCUACUGAACUGUCAUAAUUAGGAGGCUUCCCAGCAUGCAAACAGCGAUUGCUUAUUUAUUCUCCAUAGUGGUAGGGGGGCAACGUUCAGUAAAACAGUGGCUCCUCCCUAUUAACCAAAAAGCAUCACCUUAAGGUAGCUUUCUGUAUAUUUAGGCAGAAGCAGCACAUGUUGUUCUGUCGGUGGCGAUUCUGUGUUAGUAUCUGUUUCAAUAGCAAGGUCUGCUUCAUUGGAAGCCUCGCUCCUACUUGAUUACAGUCUUAAAUAUAAUUACUUUUUCCUAUGAACUUUAUCUCCUACUUUCCAAAAACCCACUGCUUCCAGGGACACUACUUCUCUGGGAAGAAAAAACCUCAGCAACUAUUCCCCCAGGCCUCUCAAAACCUGCAUCCAUACCAGGCAAUUCCUCUCCCUUAUGGUCUUUAUCUGUUUUCAAAUACAGAUUAGGCAGCAGUAACUUGCAGUAUUCUGCUUUGAGCUAGGAUUCUGGCUGAGCUUGUUUAGUGACACCAGUGAAAGCAGGGCCAGCUGGGCACUGCUGAUUUGGGCACACUUUGGUUAUGUUUGUUUCAGAUUUGUUGUGUUUUGUUUUUUUCUUUUUAAGGGAGGAGUAUUUUUCCCCUCCUUUUCCCGCAAGGGAACUGAAUGUCUAGGAAUAAUGCAUAUACAACUAGAGCUGCCACCUUGUGCUCUUGCUAGAAACCUGCUGAAGUUACUGACUGUGGCAGAACUCUGCUAUUUUUUCCACAAAAAUGCUGGAGUUUCCAGAAGUCUCUCCAACCUGCUUACAGGCCUACUUCAAGCACUUCUCAAGGAGUGGAGUUGGUUUGUAAUCCAAGGCUCAAUUACAAACUUCUAAGCAAAGCAGGUAUCUCAUCCCCUUUGGCCUCUUGCAGGCUGCACAGUGGCUAGCAGUGCCAUACCCUUACUUUUUUACUGUACUUUACAGGUCACAGCUGCUCAAAUGUCAGGUUCACUCAGUUACUUCUCCAGCUAAUUGACUGCAAUAUAUUUUUGGGGGCUCCCCAUCAGAUUUCAAUUAAAUGGUUGUACAACAGCUAAUGGUCUAUUUGAGUAGAGAACCUGAAAAAUGUAUUUCCUUGCAUUAAGAAUCUCCAGUCCAGUAUUCAUGUAAGAUUGUGUUAAAUUUGACCUCCAGGUCUGGAAUAAACAGCAGAGACUUUGUGUGCGUUUCUAGCUUGACUGACCAAACGUAAGCUGCUUGGACCAAGAUCUUUCCUUCCGUAUUCCUCUCCUUAGUUUUUACUGUGCAGUCUCAACCUGCUCUUUUGCACAUUUUGAGUGUUAAGGAAAGACUAGAGGCUUUGGUGCUGUGGUGAGUAUCAGUGGAGGACAGCAGCGGAUUUCAACCUCCCCAAGAGCUGGGUGGGCAGGAGCUCCCAAGCUGGCAACAUUUUUCCUUGUUGUCUUUCCAACCAAAGUGUAGGUGAAAGCUGGCAGAAACGCAGGCAGGCAAAAUGUGUUUUAAAAAGCUUGUUUAAUCCUUUUUGUGGGAGUGUCUCAGGAAAAAUGGUUGAUCUCUGCAAUAGAUGCUAGUUUUUCCCCCAUCUGCACAACCUUGCUGUACAAUUUAAGCAGCUCUGAAGCCCCUGUCUUCCCAAGCUGCCUUGGCUGAAAAGUGACAACACCUCUUCCCAAAUUAGAGCAGCAAGGCUGGGACUGGUGAAGCUUUUACUUUUAAUUAUCAGGCAGAGGGAAGACCAUCCUCUGGGAACACACAUAUCAUACCAAAUACCCUUAUGAAUUGUAUGCCUCCACAUGGAAAAUUACUCUUAAAGGAUUAAUUCUCACUAGAAGUCUUAGCAAGCUAUAAUUUAUUUGGUCUCUUUAAUUUACCCCCAUUAUAUUUUCAACACUGGGAUGUUGGUUGCAACUUUUUUUUAACUGUAAAAAUACA